AUGUCGUCACGACCCAGAUUGCUAUCCAUCGACGCCUUCUCCAAAACGGUGGAAGACGCCCGUGUGCGUACUGCGUCCGGUGGUAUGAUAACCUUGGUCUGUGUUUUCAUUGUACUCAUGUUGAUCAGAAACGAAUACAACGACUACAUGUCUGUCAUUGUGCGUCCAGAGUUGGUGGUCAACCGUGAUGUCAACAAACAGCUUGACAUCAACUUGGAUAUCACAUUCCCACACAUCCCUUGUGGUGUUAUGACCUUAGACAUUUUGGAUCUCACCGGGGAUUUGCACUUGGAUGUGGUUCAGUCUGGCUUUGAGAUGUUCAGAGUGCUGGGCCGCACCGAGAUCAAGGAUGAUUUGCCUAUCUUGUCCCGUGUUACUGAAAUCGACGAGGUCUGCAAGGGUUUGACUAAAGAGGAAGCAGACCAGGGCAAGGCUUGUGGGUCUUGUUACGGUGCUUUACCACAGGACGAAAACAAGUACUGUUGUAACACCUGUGAAGCAGUGCGGUUGGCAUAUGCUGUGAAAGAAUGGGGCUUCUUUGAUGGUGCCAAUAUCAAGCAGUGUGAGGAUGAAGGAUAUGUUGCGAAGAUGACCGAGAGGAUCAACAACAAUGAAGGUUGUCGCAUUAAAGGCUCAGCCAAAAUCAACAGAAUCUCAGGAAAUUUGCACUUUGCUCCAGGGACUCCAUUGUCCAGACAAGGUAGACACCUGCACGAUGUUUCGUUGUGGGGCAAAUACUCAGACAAGUUUAGUGUGGACCAUGUUAUCAAUCACUUUUCAUUUGGCAGUGAUCCAAGCUCAUCUUUGCCUUUGGCCUCCUCUGAAAACGAAGAAACUGCUCCAUCUAUCCAUCCAUUAGAUGGGUACCUGUUUGAGAACGGAUUGAAGGACCAUGUAGCUUCCUACUACUUGUCAGUAGUGUCAACUAGGUUUGAGUUUUUGGAGGGCAAAAAGGAGCCUGUGGAGACUAAUCAAUUCUCGGUGAUCACCCAUGACAGACCUAUUGUUGGUGGUCGUGAUGGAGACCACCAAAACACCUUGCAUGCACAAGGUGGGUAUCCGGGAGUUAUGUUCAACUUUGACAUUUCGCCCAUGAAAAUCAUUAAUCGCGAGGAGUAUGCUAAGACAUGGUCUGGAUUCAUAUUAGGAGUUGUGAGUUCCAUUGCUGGCGUUCUUACUGUUGGCGCGGUUCUCGACCGGUCUGUGUGGGCAGCCGAGCAGGUGUUGAAAGGCAAGAAAAACAUGUAG